AUGAAGAGCUACCAAGCAGAAAGAAGAUCAUCCUCUCAGGUCAUCUCGAGUAAACCACCACAGUACACUUCGGGAUUACUAUUCGUCAUGCAUACUCUUUCUCUUCUCCUCCUCCAGGCCUCAGGUGCCAUGAGCUACGGCUGGGUCGCUGGCCAACCUGGUGUCAACUCCAGGUUGUUCGCACGCAACGCCGAAGUGAAGCGCCAGGCCAACUGCCCUUUCAACCCUGUUCACAAGGGCGCUGCUCCAUACGUUGCUCCUUACACUUACUCUGGAGCUAAGAACGGUGUUCCCGGUAGCCAGAAGGGUGGUAUCAAGGUGCCAGCAGACGGCGACAAGGCUCACGCCUACACUGCUCCUGGAUCCAACGACAUCCGUGGACCCUGCCCAGGAUUGAACGCCGCAGCCAACCACAACUUCCUUUCACACGAUGGUAUUACCAACUUCCAGGAGUUGGUCGACGCCCAGCAGAAUGUCUACAACGUAGGAUACGACCUUUCCGUCCUCCUCGCUGUCCUCGGUAUUGAAGCUGGUGGUGAUGUGCUCUCCGGACGUCUCAGUAUCGGAUGCGAUGCUACGUCUCGCACUGCCACACUCCCUCUUCUGGGCAGCCAGCCCGGUCUUGAUGGCCACAACAAGUUCGAGGCCGAUUCUUCGCUCACACGCAACGACUUCUUCCUUGCCAACGGAGACAACUACAGCUUCAACGGCACUUUGUUCGCACAGAUGAAGGCGGUCGCCGACACCACCUCCGGUGGAAAGUUCGAUCGUGAGGCCCUCGCCAAGUACCGCAGCAACCGGUACGACGACUCUGUCGCAGAGAACCCCAACUUCUACUUCGGUCCCCUCUCGCUUCUCCUUUACGGAGCUGCCUCCUUCCUUUACGAGCUCUUCCCCAGCUACGGCGACAAGGGCGUCCCAGAUCUCGCAACCAUGAAGUCCUUCUUCGGUGCCGUUGAGGACUCUUCUGCCCCAGGUGGCUGGCGUCACGUCCCCGAGCGCAUCCCCGAGAACUGGUUCUCACGUGUCGAGCCCUACAAGAACAUGGAUGUUACCAACGAGAUUCUUGCCCAGUACGUCAAGUACCCCAAGCUAUUCGGUGGCAACGUUGGCAAGGGCAACUUCGACGCUCUCUCUACUCCAUUCGAUAUCAUCGUCGACGGAAAGUUGCCCAGCGAUGCUACCGCUGCUCAGCUUACUUGCCUGCUUUACCAGCUGGCUGUCAACCUCAUUCCCAGCACCGUCAGCAGCGUUACCGACCUCACAGAUGCGUUGAUCGACUUCUCCGCCGGAAAGUUGAACCCCAUCUUCAAGGAUGCUGGUUGCCCCUUGAUGGUCAGCAAGUAA